UGCCUGCCUGCCUGCCUGGGGUGGGGCUGCGGCUGGGACCGCCUCGGCAGCGGCGCGGGCGGAGGCAGCCUCAGCAGGGACUGGCUGGCGUAGCGGGCGGCGGCGGCGGGCCGGACAGGAGGCGGGUCGGAGGAGCAGGAGCCUCGCAGGCAUCGAGCGGGAGCAGCCGCUGCGCCAGAUCGCCGGCCCCCCAGCUAGGCAGGCAGGGCCGCCACCAGCAGCAUGUCGGCGGCCGCGGCGGAGCAGGAGGCGGCGGCGGCGGCGGCGGCGGGGGAGAGCGAGGACGAGAGCGAGGUGCUGGAGGAGAGCCCCUGCGGCCGGUGGCAGAAGCGCAAGGAGCAGGUGAACCAGGGCAACCUGCCGGGCCUCCAGAGCACCUUCUUGGCGAUGGACACGGAGGAGGGUGUGGAGGUGGUGUGGAACGCGCUGCAGUUCACAGACAAGGCGGCUUUCAAGGCCCACGAGGAGAAGAUCAAGACCAUGUUUGAGCAGCUGGUGGUGGUGGACCACCCCAACAUUGUGAAGGUCCAUAAAUACUGGCUGGAUGUGAAGGAGACCAUGGCCCAGGUGAUCUUCAUCACGGAAUACGUGUCCUCUGGCAGCCUCAAGCAGUUCUUGAAGAAGACCAAGAAGAACCACAAGGCGAUGAACGCCAGGGCCUGGAAGCGCUGGUGCACACAGAUCCUCUCGGCUCUGAGCUACCUGCACUCCUGCCAGCCGCCCAUCAUCCACGGCAACCUCACCAGCGACACCAUCUUCAUCCAGCACAACGGGCUGGUCAAGAUCGGCUCAGUUUGGCACAGGGUCUUUGCAAGUGCCAUCCCAGCGGAGCUGCGCAGCCCCCUCCGAGCCGAGCGAGAGGAGCCACGCAACCUCCACUUCUUCCCCCCGGAGUACGGACGUGUGGCCGACGGGACGGCGGUGGACGUCUUCUCCUUUGGGAUGUGUGCGCUGGAGAUGGCGGUGCUGGAGAUCCAGCCCAACGGGGACUCCUGCUGUGUGACCGAGGAGGCGAUCGAGCGGGCCAGGCACUCUCUGGACGACCCCAACAUGCGGGAGUUCAUCCUGGGCUGCCUCCUCCCGAACCCGGACAGGCGGCCCACGGCCCACAACCUGCUCUUCCACCGGGUCCUCUUUGAGGUGCACUCCCUGAAGCUGCUGGCGGCCCACUGCUUCAUCAGCAACCAGUACUUAAUGCCCGAGAAUGUCGUGGAGGAGAAGACCAAGGCGCUGGACCUCAACAUGGUGAUGGCGGAGAUCCAGCGGGAGGGCCCCCGGCCCCCUGUGCAGUGGAGAUACUCGGAGGUCUCUUUUCUGGAGCUGGACAAGUUCCUGGAAGAUGUGAGGAACGGGAUCUACCCCCUGAUGAACUUUGCCACUGCCCGGCCCCACGCGCUCCCCGGGGUGACCUUCCCGCCCGCCGAGGACCCUCAGAAAGCCAAGACCCCCACACCAGAGCCCUUUGACGUAGAGACAAGGAAGGUGGUCCAGAUGCAGUGCAGCAUGGAGUGGAGCGCAGAGAAGAGGCAGCGGCACCUCAGCCUCCUCCUCGUCCUGGAGGACAAGCUGCACCGCCAGCUAAGCUACGACCUGCUGCCAGCGGACCAUCCCAGGGCGCUGGCGGCUGAGCUUGUGCACUACGGCUUCAUCUGUCAGGAUGACUGCGAGAAGCUGAGCCUCUUCCUUGAAAAUGCCUUCCACAAGCACCAGCCUCCGCUCUCGUGACCUGGGCCGGAGGGCUGCCCCGGAGAAGGAUGAGCCAGGCCCAGCGGGGGGGGAGGCCCCACUCUGCUGGCCUGACCUCUGCCCCCAGCCGGAGGAAGAGGAGCAGGCCGCCAAGGGCCGGCUGCCACACCCUGGACUGACGCCCAGCCGGGGACGCACCUGAGGAGCUCCUGCCUGCCCCCUUCCCAGCAGCUCCCCAUCUCUCUCUCUCUCUCUCUCUCCUGCUCUGGCAGGGGCAGGCAGGUGGGGGAAGAAGCACAGGCUCCCAAGGGGCAGGCGGUCCCUCUGGCUCGGCAGAACCGCCCCCCGCCCCCCACGGACAUCGGCUACCAAGGGAGAGAUGGGGCUGGCCUGAGGGAGGAGGGUGGGCCUCUGGCAAAGCAACGCUCCUGGCGGCCCCAGGCCACCCCUGCAGAGGGUCAGGGUCGGGGGGGGGGGGGAAGGCUUCUCCCUGGAGGCAGCUGGGCUGGGAGGAGAAGUGGGCCGGGCCCCCUGAGUUUCGACCCUGCUCAGGUGGGCCGCGACUCUGCGCUGCUCAGCCAGGGCUGGCCUUGCCCCCCGAGUGCUGCCGCCCGGGUGUGUGUCUCUCGCUUCUGCCCUCCCACGGCUGCUGGCCUCGGGCACCUUGCAUGGAUGGUGCCAGAUCGCCCCCCCCCCCCGCUGCUGUGCUGUCCGCGCUCUGCUUCGCCCGCGUCUGCGAGAGCAACCCGUCCAGUUAAAUAUUAAAAUAUAAUGGGCCCCUUGGGGGCAGAUCUGCCAGCCGCCCGCCUCCUAUCCAUCCCUUGGGGGAAGCAGCAGCAGCAGCAGCAGUGGUUGUGGGGUGUUGCCAGUGGCAGCUUCCCUCUGGAGAGGGCAAGCUCAGUGGAGGGGCUGACCUGCUCCCUGCCCCCCAGACAGAGCCAGGAGUCCCACCCAGCUCAGCAGCAGGCGCUGGUGCCCGUCCCAGGGGAGAGCGGCGGCUUCUCCUCCUGGUCGCUGAGCACCCCGGGGAGGGUGUGGGAGGCGGGAGCGAGAAGCCCCUUGGGAGGGGCAGCCGGCCAGAGGGCUCACCUCCUCCUCCCAGCUGGCAGAGGAGAGGAGGGUCUGGGCACCCAGGUGGGCUGGGAGGGAGCCCGCUGCUGCCGCUUGGGCUGGGAUCCGGCCUCCGGAGCGCUGCUGCUGCUCUCCUGGCUGACAUGAAGCCCAGCUCUCGCCUGCUCCGCGGGUGGAGGAGGAGGAGGAGGAGGAGGACCAGCCUGCAGGACCCCCUCCCUGGCUGUCUCUGGGGGUCGACUGACUCGCCCAAGGCCUGGUUCCAGGGAGGAGCAGCAUGCCAGGAGGGGAGGAGCCUGCUUUCCUCCGAACACUGACCGGGGCCACAGCUCCCACCUCCUGCCCCCCAGGACACCCCCGAAUGGCUCGCAGGCCAGAGGGGGAGGGGGGCACCGAGCACCCCCCAGCAACUGCAGGCGCGUUGGGUGGGCUUGAGCUUAGCUCCGUCUCUGGAGCCUUGGAGCACUUUUGUGCUGCGCUCGGAGAGAAAGAGCCGGGGCAGAAGAGUAGCCUGGCAGGAGAGCAAGCCAGGCUGGCACCCGAGGAGGGGUCCAGGCACAGGCAGGAGGGCUGCGGCUAUGCUGUGUGGGCCUGCCCUCCCUGGGCACCAUGACGCCUCCCGAUGGGCUGUGGGAACCAGGAGCAGCCGGCGUCACGGCUCCACGCUGAUGAGCUUCAUCUCCGCCUCACAGGCCUGGAGCCCAGAGAGAGGCAGACUCGCAGAAAGUUGACCCGCAACGGAGAGCGAGGGCUCUUUGGCACAGGGACCGCUAAGGGGGCCCCCACGGCUGUGGCAUCCGUGGCUCGGGGAAAGUGAGCGGGGUGCACCGCUCCCCUUUGCUUCAGGCGAAGCAGCAGGCCCCAGGGAAGCAGAAGCGCCACAGGCUGUGGAACAAUCUGCCACCAGCCCGCUGGGGGAACAACCCAAGAAAGGGAUCGAUUCCGGGGAGGGGAGGCACAUCAGCAGAGACUGCGAAGAGGAAAGGCGGGGAUGCCCUACUGGAGAUUGCGUUGUGCUGGAGCGGUCGUUGUUUCUGCGAAAACGGACAGAUUAAACCUUGACAAAACGGCA